CAGAGCAACCGCCGCGUCAGCUGUGUCCCCUCCAGCGCGUCCCCACCCACCGUUCGCCAGGGUUCAGAGCCCCUGAUCAAAAUGUCAGCGCCGCGGUUGUGGUUUCCACCCGGCAGAGGCCCCGGCGCUCUUUUUCCAGCUCAGGGAAGCGGAGCGGACACCCAGACUCUCAGGCUCCGUGCUGCUCCUGGCGGCCCUUCCUGAAAAGCGCCGCGGGCUGGAGCAAGGUUUUGUAUUUAAAGGUCCCUAUGUUGACUAGUCGAGACAAAAAUAAAUAUGGCCUUCUACAGUUCUAAUUCGGUCUUAGUUAUUGCCCGAAUAAGAUUCCCUGGCCGUUUUGUCCACCCCACCUGCUCCUCUUAUUCCCCACGUGCGUUUCUCCACUUGCCAGAUUCUCCUUCCGACGAGACUCACACGAAGCCCUGUGGAAGCAAGAGGCACUGCUGCCCCGGCCCAGGCCAUGAAGCGCUGCACCUGCCCACGAGGCUCAUGCAGAAGCUCCACACUUCACCAUGCUGGCGGCGAGAGGGCCCUGCUAAACCUCAGCUGGAGCGAAACUCACAAAAGCCGCAGGUGACCAGCCCCCAGCCCACGAAAGAAACCGGCUCAGAGAUUAAAGAAGGCCAGCGAUCUCUCAGACAGAAAAUUGUGGAUGAGCUGAGAUACUAUUACAACGGGUUCCACUUGCUGUGGAUCGACACGAAAGUUGCGGCCAGAAUGGUCUGGAGGCUGCUGCACGGGCAGGUGCUGACCCGGCGCGAGCGACGAAGGCUGCUGAGAACCUGUGCUGAUUUCUUCCGCCUCGUCCCGUUCAUGGUUUUCAUAAUCGUACCCUUCAUGGAAUUCCUAUUACCCGUGUUCCUGAAACUCUUCCCAGAGAUGUUACCAUCAACUUUUGAAAGUGAAUCCAAAAAGGAAGAAAAACAGAAAAAGAAAAUGGCCGCAAAGUUGGAACUAGCCAAGUUUCUUCAGGAGACAAUUACAGAAAUGGCCAGGAGGAACCGAGCCAAGCUGGGAGAGGCCUCCACCCAGCUGUCGUCCUACGUAAAGCAGGUCCAGACAGGCCACAAGCCCAGCACAAAGGAGAUUCUUCGCUUUUCCAAACUGUUUGAGGACCAGCUGGCCCUGGAGCAUUUAGACCGGGCUCAGCUGGUGGCGCUCUGCAAACUCCUCGAAUUGCAGACCUUUGGAACCAACAAUUUGCUCCGCUUUCAGCUCCUGAUGAAACUGAAGUCUAUAAAGGCAGAUGACGAAAUAAUUGCCAAAGAAGGGGUGAGGGCCCUGAGCGUGUCGGAGCUCCAAGCGGCCUGCAGGGCAAGAGGGAUGCUGUCGCUGGGUCUCACGGAGGAGCAGCUGCGGCAGCAGCUCACAGAGUGGCAGGACCUCCACCUGAAGGAGAACGUCCCUCCUUCUCUUCUGCUCCUGUCGCGCACUUUCUACCUGAUAGACGUGAAGCCAAAGCCCAUCGAGAUACCAGUGAGCAGGGAGGCUCCAAAGACAGAUCUUCCCGUGGGCUCACCUGAAUCUAAGGAGACCAUGCUGGAUUCUGCACCCCAACUGAAGGGAACUAAGGAUGAAGAAUUUAUAAAACUGCCACCCGUUCCUCCAUCGCCCAUGACACCAACAACACCCAUUUCAUUGCCUAAUGGAUCGAUCACUUCUUCUAAAGAAGCUACGCUCCAGGCCGAAUCACAGAAGACGUCUCAGAACAGCAAGGCCAGCUCCAAAGGAGGGUAGAGUCCUCGGAUGCAGCUGCCUGCAGCUCCGCCCUCCUGCCCUGUGCGGUGGCUCCCACAGAGCUGCCAGCAAGACCGUCUGUCCGGUUUGAGACCAAGUCGGCCAUAGUGGCCCUGCCACCAUCCCAGAUGUCAGCAGCAAGGCCAAGCUCAGACUGCUUAGAGAAAUGCCCUUGCAAAGUCUGCUUCCUCCGGGCCUUACGUCAUCCCCUGAACUUGGUGUUAACAGCCUCCCCACUUCGUCCAUACGGAGCAGCCUUCCUGGUGUGCGUCCUUUAAGAGGGGACGUUUCUGCAUAAUGGAGUCAGCCUGGCGCCUCUGUCUCCUUUGGCUUGGAAUCCUGAGUAAGAACUUGGAAAUGCCAAAAACCUCUUCGAAUGCCUCUGAUCCCCCUUUGCACAGUGGCCCGACAGAGGGAACAGGGCCCUGGAAACGGAGCACCUCACAAGGUGGGAUGCAAAUACUCCCCAGGAAGGCCUUUCUGGAUAUAAAGAGAACUCGGGGGAGUGGGAAGCGAGACUGGCAACCAAUGGCCACUGCCCAGCUGUUCUGACAGGCACUGCCCCACCCCGGCUGGCAGGGGCUCAGGACUGGGGCAGGAGGGCCGGCUCUAGCACACGUGGCUUUCAUUAGCUGCCAUUUUGCUAGGACACGCAAUCGGGUUUAAGGCCCACCCGCUGUUUGUGCUGGUGUGUUCUGCUUGGUGGUUUCUCAUGAGUAAGACUGUUUGUUAGGCACAGGGGACAGUGCCGCUGACUCACACGGGUGUCCGGCAUCGCAGUACCGUUGAGGGAAGGCACUGGACGGGCAGAUCCCCCAUGGCUGACCCGGGGCGGUCUUUCCUUGGGGAGGCAUUGGGGGGCCAAGGCCAGUGGGUGGGUGUCAACGCGCCAUGGUAAAUCAACCCGCCCUGCCCGGGACUACAACAUGGGAAGCACACCUGUAUGUCAGGGCAAGGGCCCACAUGUCCCUCCCGCUGUCCUCCAGGAUCCCUGCUGUGGGGACACAGCGACCCACGGGGCCUGCCUGGGGCCUAGGAGGUAC